AGUGAAUGAGAGAGGGAAGGAGCAGGGACAGGAAAGAGGAGGGAGGAGGGAGCAGUCUGGCAGCCAGCUGAUCGCUGGUCUAGCAUUCAGAGUCGGAGUGCAGGAUAGAGAGAGAGAGGCAGAGGGAGAAGAGAAGAGGCUACUGAUGCUAAAUCAAUCUGUAAUCUGACAGGGAGUCAGAAACCAACCACGUCAUCACAGAUCUGGCAGCCUCUGUCACGGUUUGUUCCGGGAUCAACAAUUCAAAAGAGCAGGCUGAGAAACUAGAGCAAGAGGAGGAAGUGAAGAGAUAAGAGAGAAACGAGAGAUGCCAUAAAACCAAUAAGAGAGAGAACACACAGAACAGCUACAAGACAGAGAGAGGGAGAGAGAGAGAGACAGAAAGAGAAGAGAGAGAAAGAGAGAGAGCGAGAGAGAGAGAGCGAGAGAGAAGUAAACAUACUCUGUGGUGAGUCACUCCUCCUCCCCCUCUCGUUUCUGCUCCUCUCCUCUGGUGUGCUGAUGCUGAUGCACAGAGGAGCAGCAGAACUAAGAAAAUAGUCUAAUCCAGAACACUAGAGCCAGACAAGGAGAACCGGACUCUGUGUGGGAGUAGCAGAACCGACAGUGGAACUGUAGAACCGUGAGGUACCAGAACUAGAACCAGGAGUAUCAUCAGAGCCAGAGGGGUUGUGUACUGUAUAAAGGAGUGGUAGCGGACCUGGUGUGUCUCAGUAGAGAUGUCCUGGGGGUCUCUGCUGUCUCCAGUGCAGUGGGCCAAAUGGACCUGGUCAGCUGUACGGGAGGAGGGGGAGGAGGAGGGGGAGGAUGGAGCGCCUGGAACCAAGGAUGAAGGGGGAAAUUCGGAUUCAGAAGGGAACUUUGAGACUCCGGAGGCGGAGUCUCCAGGUCUGCGGAAUGAGCUCACCCAACUGGAUAACUCCGCCCAAAAAGCCCUCACCAGAGAUGACGGACAGCUGACGCCCCGCGCCUUCCUGGACAGGAACUCCAAUCAGAAUGUUUAUCCCGCCUCCCUCCAGGAAGUACAGGAUGCCCUAAACAACCUCAAUAGCCCCUCCCCCUCCCUGAGCGGAGCAGGUUUGGACCAGAACCUGAACCUGAUGUUGACCUCCAGACCUGGAGAAGGAGAGGGUCUCUCCCCGUCCCCUCUGCCUCAGCCCCGUGCCCUACGCCCCCCCUCGCUCCCCGUCCACAACCGCCCCGACUCCGCUGAGGUUGAUGAUCUCGCUCCUAUGACCUCUGACCCCAAUGGCAACAUCAACUCUCACCCCAACAGCCUGACUCCUGAAAUGGACAGACCGGAGGACUCAGACAGACAGUCACCUAGGAAGAGCACAGGCAUCACGAACUCCUGUGAAGUGAAGAAGCUGGACAACCAGACUCCAUUACAGAACGCCUGCGGAAAAGAGGACGACCACUGCGAGGCCCACGCCACAGAUGAGGAGAAGCUAGCCAGCACGGCAGGAGUCAGAGCAGACAGAGACCACAAAGGGACAGAAAUGAGUGUGUCAGGCAGAUCAGAGGAGUCAGACUGCUGCUCUAUGUAUGAGGACUCCUGCCAGCUGAAGAAUGCCAAGCUGGGAGGAAGUGACACGCAGAAGACAGGAAGUGAGGUUCUAGACUCCAUUUGUAUCAGCGAGGCAGAGAAGAAGGCUGUUCUCACCCUCAUCAGAGGGGAGAUCAUCACUAAGGAGACGGAGGCCAGUGACUGGAGGAGGAAGUAUGAGGACAGCAGACAGGAAGUCAUGGAGAUGAGAAAGAUUGUGGCAGAGUAUGAGAAGACCAUCGCCCAGAUGAUUGAGGAUGAACAGUGCAACACCAUGAGCUCCCAGAAGUCUUUGCAGGCUGUAAGCAUGGAGAAGGAGUCGGCGCUAACAGACCUGAACUCAGUAGAGCGCUCGCUGUCUGAUAUGUUCCGCCGCUAUGAGAACAUGAAGAGCACCCUGGACGGCUUUAAGAAGAAUGAGGAGGUAUUGAAGAAGUGUGCUCAGGAGUAUCUGGCCAGAGUCAAGCAAGAGGAGCAGAGAUACCAGACCCUCAAACUCCAUGCCGAGGAGAAACUAGACAAGGCUAAUGAGAACAUAGCCCAGGUACGCAGCAAGGCCAGCUCUGAGAGUGUUGCUCUCACCGCCAGCCUAAGGAAGGAGCAGAUGAAGGUGGAGUCUCUGGAGAAAGCCCUGCAGCAAAAGACUGAGGAGAUCGAGGAGCUCACCAAGAUCUGUGAUGAGCUCAUCGCCAAGAUGGGCAGAACAGACUGAGAGAGAUUCCAUACUUCCAAAUUGACCAAUCUUGAUCCGCCAAGCCAACCCUGCCUACAACCUAUAGUGUACCCCUGUGCAUGCCUCCAGCCAAUGAGCAGUUCUGUUUCCCCACAGGGCGCCUACACCUAGUGCUGCUGUACUGGUCAAAUAUCAUAUGAUAACCCAUUUAUCUUAGUCAAAAUUAGUGCACUAUUUGGAGAAUAGGGUGUCAUUUGAGCCAGAGCCUGUGUUACGUACAUGUGGACUCGCAUUUUUGGCUUGGUCAUUUUUCACCACGCAAGACCACACACCCCACACCCCUCACUCCCUCCACCUGUUUGUCUUUCUGUACUGUAACAUAAACAGAAUAUAAUGUGCCGUCUUGGCAUUGCAUAGGUAUGUGCAUAUUUAACUUAGGGUAACAUUUUGUAAAGCAUUUAUUAAUAUAUUAUGCACAUAAACCCCACACUUACAAAACACCCUCGCUGAGAUUUACUGUACAUAUGGUAUUUAUUCUGAACACUAGGAGACUAGGGCAGGACCAGGUAGACACUCUCUAGGCUCUAGGACAGUCAGGGGUCAGAGCUCAGAGGUGAGCUGUGUUUGAUCCCUUUGUAUAACUGCACUAUUAUAGGGAAGGGGAAUGUGAGAGUAAGUUCCGGGUUAGGAUGCACUACUAUAGAUAGGGGUGGGGUGGGGGGUUGUCCUGGGAAAUAUACAGCUUUUCUCCUGUCUGUAUAUGAGGCCUUGUGUUAGCAGAGGAAGAGGAGCUGUAGAGUUAUUGUGCAUUCUGCACAACUCCAGCACAACUGCACAUGGGAGGGGAGGGUUUCCCACUGUCCUAAACCCCACCUGGUUAGUCUCUUUCUCAGGCCAGUGUGGUGGAGCAGAGAGUAUACUCAGUAAGUGGAAAUCUGGAAAUGGUGAAGUUAAUACAAAGACUAUAUAUUUUGUAUAUUUAAAAAUAAAUACCAUAAACUGGGAGAGUGUUUGAUUUGGUUUUUCAGAAUAAAAAAUGUUUAGAAUCUCCUGCGGCCACGGAUAUGCACCUGUAGUAUUCGGGUAUGAAACGUUAUGACAUGGAGGUAGAGAGAACUGUUCAGGGAUUAUGUGAGCUCCCAUGAGCCCUGCUCAAAUGUAGAGCACUAUAUAGGGAAUAGGGUGCCAUUUGGGACGUAACCACUGUGUUUUACUGCAGCACCUAGUUAGUGGCAUAGAAAGUUAGUGUGUUUCUCCUAUUCACUGGUCACUGCUUCACUGUUCUCAGCUAACCUGGUUCUGUUAAAUACUCUUUCCACAGUGGAGAGUUUCACACCGCCUCACAGUACUAGUUCCCCCUCCAACAUACUGCACUGUGGAUGCCAUAGUUAAACAAGAUGUACAAUAUAACACGCAUGCAGUGAAACACCAUGUACGCAUGCACACACACACGUGCCAGUGUCUAUAAUACACAUCUUUGUUGUAGCUUCAUUGAAAGUGUCUUUAGAUAAUAUUGUUUUUGUUUUAACGGUUUGUACAUCACUGAUGAUCCCUUUUUGCAUUGUCAUUAAUAUUUGUAAAGUGAAUAAGAAGCAUAUAGCUGUACUGACUUGUAUGUUGACUAAUAUAUGCAGUGUGUGUGCUGAGUAAACAUGACUGUAGUAAUGAG